AUGGCUCUGCUGUACCGCGCGACGCGGCUGAAGGACCGCGCCGACACCCAUGUCUUCACCUUCGUGGUCACGCGCUCUGCCACACGCGAGCCGGACCGCGAUGUCACCUCAAAGGAUUUCUGUUGCGCGCACCAGCGCUGGGCUGUCGCCUUCAGCCGCACAGAUGCAUCACUCGGUGUAUACUUGGUUUGGCGAGGCGCGUGCGAAGGCAUGCGGGUCUAUGUCGACUUUACUUUCACGCUUCUCAGUCGUGAUCACUUUACAGCGAAUGAAGGAUUUUCCGGCAAACAAGUACGCUUUAGCGCUGGGUGUGCUGCUCAGGGGCGUGGUCGGUGCGUCUCCAUGGCAGAACUCAAUGCUAAAUUUGCAGACGCGCGUGGCGAGUUUCAACUGGAGUUGAGCAUGUCCCGCGUACGCACUCUAUACUCUUGUGAACUUCGAGCACCACGUCUUGACACUCCACCCAUAGCAUUUGCUGGUUUCGACUGGCAGGUGACAGCUAGUGGCGGUGGGGGUAAGGAACCUUUAACUCUACGUCUCAUUAGAUUGUCAGGAGAGGGACAGAAGUGUCGAGUUCGAUAUGCCCUGGCACUCGGCGAAGGUGAUAGAAGGCUGCAUUCGGGACCCUUAGAAUGUGUUUGUGACGCAGAGGGUCGGACGCCACCUUGGAAUCCACGACCAGCAUCCCGACUGUUGACGAAAGGCGUUCGCUUGACCGUAGAGCUGGUAUGGGCUCGUGCACUUGUAGAACUGGCAAUACCAGCUGCAGGACGGGCAGUGACCUGUUAUGACCGCGACAAACAUGCAUGGGCGGUGCGCUGCGACAUGCACUCGGAGAUGGUGCGAAUGCAUAUGUUGUACCGAGAUGUAACUCAUGUACCGCGUAAUCAUCUACGUUACGUAAGCUGGUCUGCAUGGCUUGUGCGAGUGGGGACUGCUACUGGGGAGUCUGAUGCUGAAGAACUACCUGGAUCGCCAUUUGAGCACUAUUACGCUCAGGAUAGUGCUGACGAGGGACUUAUGAUGGAAACGGCUCUACGCGUUGAGGACGUAUCUCGACCUGGCUGCACGUUCAUGCACCCGGGCGGCGAGUUGCGAGUACGCCUCGAGUGGGGUGAUACUUAUCUCCUAUUUCAAGCUACUUAUCAUGUCUAUGAUGAUCUCUGUCGACUACACGCGCAUCAAAUGAGGCGCGAAAUUACUGUACUUCAAGCGGAGAACUACUCGCUGGAAAGACAACUGUUCAGCUACCAGAAAAGCCUAGCAUUUGCUCAGGCGCAAGCGGGUGAGCCGGCGGCAGCAGAAGGCGGUGGGCGUCGCUCACCCGCUGAGCGCUCACUCUCAACCGAUACAGAGUAUGCGUGA